AUGAGAACGUUAAAAGAUCAUUUGGCAGUUAUUGCUCAAAAUCAAUCUAGGGUCUGGAUUACAAAAUUAGAAUUACAAUGUACUAUAAAUAGUACAAAAAGUAAGGCAACUGGCUUUUCUCCACUAGAGCUCCUGAUAGGUAAACUAGGGUCUGUCCCAGCUGUUGAACGGAUGUGCGUUCUGUCUAAUCCAAUUGAUAGAGACACUAUCCGUGCAUAUGCUGUUAUCAGAAUGACCGAACAGUCAUCAAAAAACAAAGAACGUUUCGAUUCCAAGUGUGCUAAACUAAAACUAUUGCAACCAGGAGACUUUGUAGUUUAUAAAGACGCACAACGGUCUAGUAACAAAUUAGAUCCAAAAUAUUUAGGGCCUUAUCAAAUUGUUAAAACUUUAGAUAAUGACCGAUACGAACUACGCAGUCUCAGUCCUGGUCAAAAAAAAAACCGUAAUAUCUCACGAAUUACAUAUUCGUGGCUUGUACCACAGCAAUAUGCUGAAUGA